AUGGUGUCCGAUUCUGUGCAGAAACUUGACGGAACAAUUGAGGAAGAUGCUGCUAAUGUUGAUGGGUCUGUACCUAAACGGCCUCAUUUGGAGGAAAAAGCUAAUGGAUCGGCUUUGAAUUCUGUUUGUUUUCUGGCAUCUGUUUUCAAUUGUACACCUGGAAAUCCGCAUAAUCCAAAAAGGUACACACGUGGUUCUUCCUCCGAUUCAGCUGUAAUUGUCGAUUCUGGAUUGUGCUCAGCAGCAUUGCGAACAAAUGGUGGAGGUUCAGUAGGAAUUCAUGCUUCUCUUUGCGGGGUUGUGGGCUUGAAAACAACAUUUGGACGGACAGAUAUGAUAGGGUCACUGUGGGAAGCAGGAACUGUCCCAAUUAUCGGACCCAUCACAGCUACACUUGAGGAUGCCAUACUUGUGUUAGUAUGCAGCAAUCUCGGGACAUCUCCAGCUGAUCGAAUUCGGCUGAAUCCUGCUUUCAUUUUGAUGUUUGAUUUCACGUGUUCUGAUAUUGACAUGGAUAUGUAUGAUAAGGCUGACAAACUACUUUAUUCAUCAUUAAACGAGUGGGGUUUGUUAUUAGCAGCAUCAGAUAAUCUUAAUCAUGUUUGGGCUCAAACUCUUGUAGAUCCAUUUUUACGGCGGCUCAUUUUAAGGGACAUCCAACAAAAUGGAACUUAG